CUCAUAUAGUCAUAAUAACUAUGAUGUGUAUGAUAAAAUAGCAGGUUAAUUUGGUUGCAUUAUGUUUUAUUUGAAGCAUAUUUUGCUUCUUAAUGGAAAAUUUUAUUAUGAAAAAUUGUAUACGUCUGUUUGAUUCAACAAUAUUAAGUAUUUGCACAAAUAUUUGCAUUAAAAAUGAAUCAUUAAACAAUGCUUGGCCAUGACUCAGUAUUACAAUUCACUGCUCAAUGCAGAGUCCCACUUGAGCAUUGACGUAUGUGAGGCCAGUCUGUAUAAUGAAUGUAACCACUGGGUUUUCAGGCACAAUAUUGACAGUGUUAUGGUGUCAUGUUGCUUUUAAUCUUAUUGAUUGCUGUGGUUGUGUUAAUAAUAAAAUAUUAGAUAGAGACUUUAUUCAAUUAUUUUUUAUUAUUUUAGUUGUGAUAUGGUAAACAAAUAGCUCAGAUAUUUUGGCAAGAUCGUGUUAGUCGCUUUAAACCAAAUGUAAUUUAACCAAUGAAAUGUUUGUACACUCUUUCCAAAUAAAGUUUUAUAUCCAUAUAUAGAAAAUACAUUUUUGCAAGCUUAUUGCACCUUUGGGCACAAAAGGUUCUUUGGGUAACCAGAAGUGGUUAUUCUGUGACAAAGCCAGCAUGUUUAUUUUAAAAGAGUGCAUUAAUAUGUUUGCAUCUGUAAUUUUUCUCUUUUCAUCACACAGAUUUCAGGGAAGAAUUUCUGGACUUCUGUGGGCGUUGGGAGUUUGAACUCCUAACGUUACGCUUUUCAAUCUCUCUUUACGCACUGAUCUUAUUGUCAGAGAAAAUAUGAAAAGGUAUAUGGCUCUCAUAUGAAUAUCCCCAUGACGUGCGCGAAGCUGCUCAUUUUCCAUUUGCUGUCAGGAGAAAGAUUAACAGCCGUCAGUCAACCCCUGCCUCCCCCUCGCGCCUCAUAAAUAGCAAAGCGCGCUGUGUGGGUUUUAUUAAAACGAUUGUGGCGCAUUCGGUUAACCUAAUAAAGAUAACAGACUUACAACUCGGUUUACAGACUACUUAAAUAGUACGAAACAUCAGCAUGUACUCAACCAAAAGCGAGGGACCGCGCAGAGGAAGAUCCUUUGACUCCAUGAACAUUGGUCUGACACUGGAAGAGAAACAACUUAAUAAUGAAAUGAACAAAUCUGCUUUUCCAAAGAUCGAGGAAAAUAAAGACAACAAAAGCGAAUCUACAGAGAGAGGCAGAGCAGCUGUUGUGUUCUCUCUGAAAAAUGAAGUCGGUGGACUUGUAAAGGCACUUAAACUUUUUCAGGAAAAGCACGUCAACCUUGUCCACAUCGAGUCUAGAAAGUCGAAAAGGCGCAACUCGGAGUUUGACAUCUUUGUGGACUGCGACAGCAACCGCGAGCAGCUGCACGAAAUCAUUCAGCUGCUGAGGAAACACGUGAACGUGCUUGAGAUGGACGCGCCCGACAACCGUCUACCAGAGGAAAGCGAUAUGGAGAACGUGCCGUGGUUUCCGAAGAAGAUUUCGGACCUGGAUAAAUGUGCGAACCGCGUGCUGAUGUACGGAUCAGACCUCGAUGCUGAUCAUCCCGGCUUUAAGGAUAACGUCUAUCGCAAACGGAGAAAGUAUUUUGCAGACUUGGCCAUGAGCUACAAACACGGAGAACCAAUUCCCCGCAUUGAAUUCACAGAAGAGGAGGUGAAAACAUGGGGAGUCGUGUUCAGGGAGUUAAAUAAACUCUACCCCUCUCACGCCUGCCGCGAAUAUCUGAAGAACCUGCCCAUGCUCACCAAACACUGCGACUUUCGCGAGGACAACAUCCCACAGCUGGAGGAUGUCUCACGUUUUCUUAAAGAGCGCACUGGCUUUACCAUAAGGCCUGUGGCUGGAUAUCUCUCACCACGGGAUUUUCUGGCAGGUUUGGCCUUCCGUGUGUUUCACUGCACUCAAUAUGUCAGACACAGCUCUGAUCCUCUCUACACACCCGAACCAGACACAUGUCAUGAGCUGUUUGGACACGUUCCUCUUUUGGCCGAGCCCAGCUUUGCCCAGUUCAGUCAAGAGAUCGGUCUCGCAUCACUUGGGGCAUCUGAUGACUCCAUUCAGAAACUGGCCACUUGUUAUUUCUUCACCGUGGAGUUUGGCCUUUGUAAACAAGAUGGAAAGUUAAGGGCGUAUGGAGCCGGUCUGCUCUCGUCCAUUAGUGAGCUCAAGCAUGCUUUAUCAGGAAACGCCAGAAUCUUGCCCUUUGACCCCAAUGCGACAUGCAAACAGGAGUGCAUCAUUACCACCUUUCAGGACGUGUACUUUGUUUCGGACACCUUUGAGGAAGCAAAGGCCAAAAUGAGGGAGUUUGCAAAGACCAUUAAGCGGCCGUUCUCUGUACGUUACAAUCCAUACACACAGAGCGUGGACGUCCUGAAGGACACAGCCAGCAUCAAUAACGUUGUGGAGGAGUUGAGACAUGAGUUAGACAUCAUUGGAGAUGCACUGAACAGGCUCAACAAACAGUUAGGCGUCUGAAGACUACAACUACAUAUAAACUUAUAAACUACAUUACCCAUCAGACCUUUUCUCUCAUGUAUGUUAUCCUUCACAAACUACAAGCUUACUUGUUUUAUCACAGCACAUCACCUUAAGUAACAUGACUUUUUUCAGUCUGAUUUAACUAAUUAAAAUUUCCUUGUUAUAGCUUUUGUAGGCCUAUCUAGGUUAUAUCUAUAGUUUGGCAUCUAUGUGUUUAAAUAUGUGUUUCAACAGCUGAACUGCUUGAACGUUGAGAUCUUGUAUAUUUUGCAAGGCGAUGACACUGAAGUUAAUGUUAAUCUGUUGUGUAUAACUGUCUGCUCCGGCUAAUGUAUUGGUGAUUUUGGUUUCCCAUUUAACUUAUUUAUUUCCAUAAGACAUGUUUAUAAGGUUCAUUGUUUAUUCAAAUAUAUUGUAUUAAGAACAUGUUUAGAAUAUUUUGCUUUUAUGUCUCAUAUGUGCACAGUAUUAUAAAAUCAGUUUUGUACCAUU